AUGGAUAUUAAAGAUCAAGAUAACCAAGAUACUGCUAUUUUUCUUUCAACUAUUUUAACUAAUAGUCAAAAAUUACCUGAAACAGAAGUUCAAUCUUUAAUAUGGAUAGCUCAACAAUAUUCUUUACCGUGGAAUAUUACUAAAACUGAUUGUAAAUCUAUUAAUAACAAUAUUGUAUUCGAGUCAAUCACAUGUAUUACAGAUCUGGAUGAUAUAGAACAUGUCACAAUAGUAGUAAUUGCUAAUGAGAUUCCAUACGAUAAUGGUUUUCCAGAUCCACUAUUAGAGAUAAAUCUACCUUACCUAGUAGAAUUUUCCUCUUCGCCAAGGUAUCCAGUUAAAAAUUUAAGUAUUAGUAUUUUGGAUAAAUUAGACAAUCCAAAUCAAAUUGCUUUAAAUUCUAUUUGUUUAAAUUCAGAAAACUUUACUAUUCCUUCAAAUUUCCCUCAGAAUUUACCAAAAUUAGUAUUAUUUGAAAAUGGACCCCUCUCUACGCUUUCCUCAGAUAUCCCAAGUAGUUUAUUAAAUAUUUAUAAAGUAUCUUUAUAUGGUCAAAUCGAUCCUUCUAUGAAGAUCAUAAUUAAUCCCAACGAGCAAUACAAAAUUAGAUUUUUAACAGUCUUUUAUAUUCCUAAUCUUAAUCUCAUCAUUGGUGAUAAUUUUCCAAUAUUAGAAGGAUUGAAUUUAAAUGCAGCUUCGUCAGCUUCUCUUAUUCUUAGUUCUAAAACACUAAAUUUGUUGGUAUUGCAAAAUGUAGAUUGUACUGUAACGGAUGCACCAAACAUUAAAUCUCUUUUCUUUUUUGAUGGAUCUUUUUCACCAAUGAACUUGACAAUGCUACCUUCAUUAAAAAGAGUUUAUAUCAUUGAAAGUCCAACUUAUAAUUCUUGGCCCCAGGCUAAAUGGUUUGCAGAUAAGAAUAUUACUCUCAUGACCGGUACAAUUCCAGAUGAAUAUUCAGCUAUUAAGUUCUUUAGUUUGAGUAUCAACAAUAUGGAGCUGGUUAAUGGAAGUGUUUCAGAAAAAUUCUGUGCCACCAGUAAACUCUCACUGACAGGAACUAAUAUUACCUCAGUUCCAGAUUGCAUUUAUUGUUGCUGGGAUUUACUUUCGAAUGGAAUGCCAUCAACUAUUCAAAUCGACCCAAAUUUUACUUGUCCCUAUCAAAUUAAUUCAAUAACAUAUGUAAUGACACCUUCAUCACAAGGUAAAAUCACUAUUAGUGGUAAAAAUCUUGGAUAUGGUUUCAAUGAAGAUACCUCACCAAACUUGAAAGUAAUUGUACCAAAUUCACUCUUUGAACUUUCAAAUCUUCCAUCUUUUGGUAGUCAAAAUGUUAUGUUUUCAUCAAUAUUCCAACUUUAUUAUCAAUUAGAUUGGGUCACUGAUGUUACAAAUAUUCAAUCUAUCUCUGGACAACAAACAGAGUUUGCGUUAUAUGUUUCUAUUAAAGGUACUUUCAAUAGUACUUGGAUUUACAGUACAAAUGUAAAUAAUCAACUUUGUGUUGUUACAUCGUUGGUUGCCGAUACUUUGAAUUGUACUAUAACCAAACCAAUCAUUGACUUUACGUCAGAGCUUCUAAGUGUUAACAUGUCAAGUCCAUAUCUCUCAUUCAAUGGGAAUGGAACUUUUGUGAUGAUGUAUCCUGUAGUUACCUCAACCUCCACAGUAACUACUCAGGGUGGUGAUGUACAAAUCUAUGGUUUCUUUGGUAGAAAGAAUAGUAAACCAGUAGUUACAAUCGGUCAACAAAGCUGUAAAGUCUCAUUCUGGGGUAUCUACAAUAUAACCUGUGGUGUUUCAUCCUUACCAAAGGGACAAACCAAUUUAACAGUAACCAUCGACAAUUUUGUACAUUAUUCAAAUAUGGUAAUUGUUCCAUUAAACUUAACAUAUUGUAUCGAUCCAACUGAUUCCAAUCCUGUGAUAUGCAAUAAUCAUGGUAGUUGUGUAAAUGGAUAUUGCAGUUGUGCUGGUGGAUUCAGUGGAUUCUAUUGCGACUCAAAGACAUCUGGUGGAACUAUUAAUCCAAACUCAACUACUCCAUCCGCUUCUUUUAUUGCUGAUGACCAUCAAUUCGAUUUCAAUAUGGUAUCGAUUCAAGAGCUAGGUCCAGACGCGUCUGUUGCCUUUGAAUUGCUAACUAAUAGUUGGAACUAUAGAAAAGAAGAAAACCAAACAUUAACAAGCCUCUACUAUUAUCUAAACAAUACAAGACCAGAUCUUUUUGUAAUUGUAACCAUUCAAUACUCGCCAGAUCCAAGAACCGUUGAGUUUGCAGGUGUAACAUCAAACUUACCACCCAAUUCACUUAAAGUAACCGUUCAAAUAGAUGGAUGGGAGUAUCUAUCAACCUUAAAUACUCUAAGAGUUGUAUUCUCCACUGAACAAAGUAAUGUACCAUCGGAUUGUGCUGAGUCAAAAGAAACCAUUGGUGUAAAUCAACUUGAUAACUCUGUACAGUACCUAAAGAUUAUUAAGAAUGGUGUUGCUUUCUAUGGAAACUUCUUACCUGUUGUUCUUUCAAACGGUAGACCUGCCUAUUCAAAGAAUGAAAUUGUCAAUCAAACUGAUGACCAAAUGUGGAUUGGUGUUUCUUUACCGCAAUGUGCAUACUGUUUGAUCGAUCCAAGUUUCAACGUACUAAUCAACGUUGAUGGAGGAUGUAAGACCAAAGGUUUGAAAGCAUGGGAAAUCGCUACCAUUGUCACUGUUGUCGGCAUAUUUACUAUUGCUGCUGCUGUUGGUGCAAUCAUUUACAUCAAAAAGAGAAGAAUUAUCAAUUAUGAAUCUCAAAAAUUGAAAUCCAAACUAUCAAGAAUAGGCAGUUAA